GUCAGAUAAACAAUAGGAAUUGAUUAGUUAAUAUCAUAGGCAGCUAAACAAAAUUAUAUUAAUGGAAGACUCGAGCGAAUCGAGUUGCUCGGCACUCCACCCAGACCCGACGGCAGAGGCGAACAGCGAUACACAGGGACAGCAGCAGCAGCAGGCGGGUGGGGUAAAUAAUACAUUGAAGGCAGACCAAGGCGAGGGGAUGCAGGAGCAGGACGAGGAGGAGCUGGAAGAGAAGCCCAUGUGCAGUGCCGACUGCCAUAAGACAAAGAAACGCUUCACGGUCAAGAAAUGGAAUGCGGUUGCAAUGUGGGCAUGGGAUAUUGCCGUAGAUACCUGCGCCAUUUGCCGCAAUUCGAUAAUGGAUCUGUGCAUCGAAUGCCAAGCGGAUCCCAAUCAAAAUUCCUUCGAGGAGUGCACCGUCGCCUGGGGCGUUUGCAACCACGCCUACCACUUCCAUUGCAUCUCGCGCUGGCUCAAAUCGCGCUCCGUCUGCCCGCUGGACAAUCGCGAAUGGGAGUUCCAGAAGCUGGGCCGUUAGCCUCGGCAUGGCGAACUUGUAAUACGAAAUCGUUGAACGCUGACUCAACGUCUUGAACUUUAUCAUUAUUUUGUGUGUUAAUUAUGCAACGUUUCGGCAACUGGCGCAAGAUGCGGGAGGGCGUGGCAGCGGCCAAUUAUCAUUUUUGUGUGCGCUGGCAACUUUUGCCGGCACUUAAUAAACGAGGCCGCGGAGCCGCCACGGCGUACGCUCCGUCUGCUGUGCAACUCAAAA